AUGGGACCUUUCAAACCCUCUUCAAACGGGCACAACUACAUUUUGGUUGCUGUAGACUAUGUAUCCAAAUGGAUUGAAGCCAUUCCCUGCCCAACCUGUGACGCCAAGGUGGUUGUCAAGCUUUUCAGAACCAUCAUCUUUCCAAGGUUCGGCAUCCCAAGGGUUGUUAUUUCGGAUGGAGGCUCCCAUUUCAUCAACAAGGUGUUUGAAAAGUUGAUGAGAAGCCACGGAGUAAAACACAAGGUCGCCACGCCUUAUCACCCUCAAACCAGUGGGCAAGUUGAAGUCUCCAACAGACAGAUCAAGGCCAUAUUGGAGAAGACUGUAGCUUCACUAGGAAAGACUGGGCAGCAAGGCUUGAUGAGGCACUUUGGGCUUAUAGAACAGCCUACAAAACCCCCAUUGGAAGGUCUCCUUUCAAUUUGCUGUAUGGGAAGGACUGCCACUUACCUGUGGAGGUCGAAUAUAAGGCUUUAUGGGCAGUAA